CCAAAAACAACAACCAUCCACACGUCAGCCGCCCACCAUGACGAGCAUAGACGAGAUAUUCCAAAAAUCCGGCAUCUCCAGCAAACGCAAGCUGGACCCCGUCCGCGAUCCAACCGAAAUCUACAAAUCCGCCAAACUCUCCUCCUCCACCGCCCGCCACGCCCACUUUCAAGACGACACCGAGGCAGACCCUCUCCCACCCCCGGCCUCCGACGACGAAGGCGACUACGGGCCCUCGGCCCCCCCACCCGACGACGAAGAUGAAGCAGGCGACGAAGACACCGAAGGCCGCUUCUUCGGCGGCGGCAUCACGCGCACCGAGCGCGAGAUCCUCGACUUUGUCGACAGCGCCGACGCCGCCAACAACUCGACCGCCACAAUCACGAACGACGCGGCCGGCGACGAAACGAUCGACCUAUCCUGGCUGAAAAAGACCGCCCUCUCUUUUGAGAAAAAGAUUACGCGCAACGCCGAGCUCCGCGCGCGCUACGAGUCGGAUCCCCAGAAAUUCAUGGACUCCGAGGCCGACCUCGACGCCGCCAUCAAGGCGCUGUCCAUCCUCUCCGAGCACCCGGCCCUGUACCCCGACUUCGCCCGCCUCGGCUGCGCGGGGAGUCUGGUCUCGCUGCUGGCGCACGAGAACCCGGAUAUCGCGCUCGACGCCGUCGAAAUUCUCGGGGAGCUGACGGACGAGGACGUCGCGGCGAGCGAGGAGCAGUGGAGCGCGCUCGUGGACACUGCGCUCGAGGCGGAUUUGUUGGGGUUGUUGCUUAGUCAUCUGGGGAGGCUGGAUGAGACGGAGGAGGUGGAUCGGGAAGGGGUGUAUCGCGCGCUCGGUGUGGUGGAGAACCUGUGUUCGAAGCGCGAGACGGCCGAGACGGUCGGGGCGGAUGAGGCGUUGGUGAGGUGGUUGAUGGAGCGGGCGGGGAGGGGGGAGAGGCCGGUGGGGCAGAACAAGCAGUAUGCGGCUGAGAUUUUGGCAAUCUUGGUGUCGGGCUCGGAGAAAAAUAGGAGGGUACUGGCUGGGUUGGAUGCCGUGGACACGAUGCUGCAGCUUGUGUCGGCGUAUCGCAGACGGGAUCCGGAGAAAGGCGGGGAUGAGGAGGAGUACAUGGAGAACUUGUUUGAGGCGCUGACGAGUAUCGCGGAUGAGCCCGAGGGCAAAGCCAAGUUUGUCGAGGCCGAGGGCGUCGAGCUGUGCUUGAUUAUGCUCAAGGAAGGGGGGAAGCUCGGCAAACCUGCGGCUCUUAGGCUGCUUGAUCACGCAGCGGGCGGCCCGGCCGCGGCAGGAGUUUGUCAAAAGGUCGUGGAGGACGGCGGGCUCAAGACGAUAUUUACCAUGUUCAUGAAGAAGCACGAUCACCAAAUGAUGGAGCAUCUUUUGGGCAUCUUUGGCUCAAUGCUACGGUUGCUGCCAGCCGACACGCCAGAGCGAAUUCGCACGCUGGCCAAGUUUGUUGAAAAGGACUACGAGAAAACGGAGAAGCUGGUCAAGCUUAGACGAGAGUAUGCGGCGCGCAUCGGUGCGGCAGAUGAGCGGAUCAAGCAGGAGCAACUGGGCAUGGGCGACGACGAGAGGGAAGAGAUGGCCGAUGAAUGGUUCUCGCAGCGGCUUGACGCAGGACUGUUCUGUCUGCAGACCAUCGACGUGAUCUUGGCGUGGCUUAUCGCCGAAGAUGACGGGGCCAGGAAGAAGAUUCAGGCACUGUUGGCCGACAGGGACGAAACCUUUACCGUCAUUAGGGACACGAUCCAGGAGCAGAUCGACGGAAUUGAUGCCGAGUCGGAGGAGGCUAAGGACACCAAGGAGAUGUUGACGACGCUGGUUCGCUUCCUGCAGUGACAGAGGCACCGAGUGUAUUGGUAAAGGAUGUACAACAGCUAGACGAUACCACGAUCCCAGGAAGCCCGCCGGGGCUCUUUUCAGGCUGCUUGCUG